GUGAGGAAGCUAUGCAGCUAGCUUACGGAACGUCGGUGGUUCUACUCAGGUGCCCGUUCGUGUCUGAAAUAUUGCACGGAAGGGCACCUGUGGUCUUCCUCCACCAGUAAAGCUGGAACGUCGCGAUAUGACCUAUUAUCUGUCGAUGUGACGUAAAACCCAAAACAAACAAACAAACUUACAUAUUUAUUUAUUUUAUUUACCGUACCGCGGAGCAUUCGGUUACAGGACCGCCAGCGACGGAGGAAGAUUUCACAGCGCAAUAAUCGAUACAAACUCUCGAUCAGCGUGAAAAUGGAAAACUUCGAGUCAGACCAGCUAAAUAUAUCGAUCAAUCUGUUAAAGGCAUAUUCAUACAGAGAUUAAAUGAUGACAAUAUAGUAUGUUACACGUAUUGUAUUGACUAUUUCACUCAGGGGAAAAAGUAGUUCCUUUAGGAUUUCAUUUGGAUUGUAACAUGAGCUAAUCAGGUAUGGUUGAUUCAUUCAGAUGAUAAAAGUUGGUCAUAAUUGUUGAGAACAGAUUUGCACAGACUCAGACUCCGGACUUCAAACACAGUAGGCAGUCAUUGGUCAUUUGUAUAUGGUGGAACUAUUAGUACAAAAAGAAAUUGAUGGAGAAUUUACAGGACAAGCUGCUCGAACAUGUGGUACCUGACCAGGUUGGCCAAGUUGGCAAGGUUCACUACAGGUUCACAGAAAUGCGCAUUGUCCAUGUUCAUUGGCCUAAAGUAACAAACACUGGUAAAUUGUUUAUAGCAAACAACGGUGCUCUAAGACUUCAUGGGAACUACAAUAUACAGAGACCUGGGGUACUUGGCUACAACAAGACUGGAGAGUUUGUGUUCGAUCUUGGUGCCAUAUGUCUGACAAUCAAAGACAACAGUACAGAAUCACAACCUUCACCACCGCGUCGCAGCCGACAUCACAAUCAACAUCGCCCGACCCAUCACCACAGACACCGCCCACUUCCGCAUGACGUCACAUGCACUGUUGGCAUUAUAAAAGUUAAAUUUCAGGGAGGCGCGGCAAGACUGUGCCAGUUUUUAACAUCUUUGUACAUAAAGGUCUACAGACGCCAUUUAGAAGCUCAGAUAGCAAAAGUGAUACAAGAAGCUGUUCAAGAUGAUGGUCAAAUAUUGUUGUCAGCACUGACAGUUAUGGCAUCAAUGCACAGUGAGAGUGGUGACGACACCUACAACAUAGAGGAACACAGAGCUCAUACAGAGAUAAACACAAGACAUACCAUUGCUCCAUCUUCCACGUCUGCCUCCUCUGAACCAGAAGUUGGGAAGGUGCAACGAUUUCUUGAUAGUUUUACCAGACAUCGGCCGGAGACUUGAACAACUAUCUUCCCAUCCUUUGUGAGAUACAUAUACAUAUGCAUCUAGUGAAACACGCUACAUGAACUUUCCUUUAAAUGAACCUGUUAAUAUACCAUGGAUUGGACAUGAAUGGAUUGUGUUAAUGGUGGCCAGGGUGAAAUUGAUUAAAGGUCUAUAUAAUGUUUAUAUAACGUUCAAUUACUCUGAAUCUACAUGGAACGUUCAAGUUCAGAUUGCAGUUCAAAUUCUACAGAACUCACUACAAUGAAGUAACUGCUUUGCGAUGUUGACUCUAUAUAAAAUUUUUAAAACAUCAAUAAAUGAAAAGAAAUAAGAUAAGCAACGAAAGAAUACAAAAAUUUAAUGUUUUUCCAUAGUUUGGAAUGCUUGUUUUAAGUCGCUUUAGAUCUGUUACCGUAAAACAAAUUUGUUUGGUUACGUCGGUAAGAUCAACGUUUGUGUGGUACUAGUAUCAGUUUAUUAUAAUACUUGUCAUUCAAAGUGUAACAUGUUAAUAAAGAAGGAAGGGAGAUAAUCCGUAUUUCGUGAAUGCUAAAAUCUUUAUGUACUAAAUGACAUUUGGCUCUGCAGUUAUUGCGAGAACCGAAAAUUACCUAUUCAAUGUAAUAGGCUUUAUACAUUAAGUGAUAACUUUGUCAAGAAAUUAGCGUAUUAAUUAGUACAAUUAUUAUAUAUUUCUUAAUGCUCAGCAUGUUUUAUGUCCUACUUGUCGGAGAUUAUAACAUUUGCCAUAUUGCUGUUGUGUUACGUAAUAUUUACAUACAGUGCUGAUGUUAAUGGUUGUUGUUAUACAUGAUUGUCUUGAAUAAAACCGAAAUCAAUGGAAA